AUGGCUUUUGAAGAAAUCGGGAACAAAGGAGAAAUGGACAUUGGACUGGAUGGGGAGAGGAGUCUUGUUGCUGGGCGAAGCCAAAGGGAGAAGAGGAGGUCAUAUAAAGAUCUUCUACGAGAGGAGGAAGAGAUUGCAGCUCAGGUCCGCAAGUCUUCCAAAAAACGACCAAAGGACUCAGAGAUGUUCAUGCUAGGAAGUGAUUCACACAAGAAGAAGAAGAAAUAUAGUGACGACUACUACUACAGAGAGCAUGAAGGCUCAGGCCACCCCAUUCACAAAAAGAAGCACAAAUCUGUAGACCGUUCGCCGACUCUCUCUUCACCUUCAACGUCCCACCCAGCAGACACAGCAAUGGGUCUUCUACAAGCUAUUACCUCUCCCCUGGCCACAGGAUCUGACCCUGGCCCCAAUUUACACAAAAAACCUUCCUAUCCCUCCUUGUCCUCACAUUCCUCGAAAGAUCGCAAAAGGGAAGGCAGCAGCAGCAGUGGAAGCAAAGGGAGCCACUCUUUUUCUCACUCCCGGCCAAUGUCUUCAUCAUCGUCAUCUUCUUCGAAGAAGCACUCCUUAUCUUCCUCAAAGUCAUCGCUAUUUCACGGUGGAUCCCACAAAGAGGAGCCUUUAACAUUACGGGAGGCUGAUGGGUUGAAAAUGAAACUCAUUAUGUCACCGGAGAAAGAGGAAACUGAGUCUAAUCCAAUAACACACCACUCAUCUAAAAUGAAUGUCAAGAAAGAGAAAGAUCGAGAGCGGAUGCAAUCAAAAUCACCCAAGAAGAAGCUACAACAUAGUAGAGAUCCUCUGCCUGUAGUGGGGAAAGAGGUAGAAGUGGAAGGCCAUUAUGGAGGAGGCAUCGGAGAUGACAGCUCAACGUCAGGAGGAGAGCUGGAGGCCGGCGAAUUAGUUAUAGAUGACUCAUACACACACCAGUCAAAAAAGAAGAAGAAGAGCAAGAAAAGCAAAAAGAAAAAGGACAAAGAGAAAGACCGAGACAAGGAGAAAAGUGGGAAGGACAAAAAGCACAGCAAAGGGUUUGGAGAUUCAUCAAGGAGCCAUGGCAACUCCCAUCCCACUGUGUCUCAUAGCACUGUUGGUCCGAUGUAUGCGAUGGGUGCACCCAUGCCUCCGCACCACCAUCAAGGCAGUGAUGGGGCAAUGGAGAAGAAGAAAAAGAAAGAGGACAAAGAUCGGGAGAAGCAUGAUAAAGAUAAAAAUAAACCCAAGAAAAAGAGUGCAUCUGCAUAUCAAGUGUUUUGCAAGGAGUAUAGAGUUAACAUUACUGCUGAACAGCCAGGACUAGUGUUCGGUGAACUAAGCAAAAAGUUGGGGGAGGUAUGGAAGAGGAUGCCGGAAAAAGACAAACUGUUUUGGAGGCAGAAAGCUCAGUAUCUGCAGCACAAACAGAACAAGGCUGAGGCUACCACAGUCAAACACAAGACAUCCAAUGAGAGCAAAAGCAAAGCCAAAUCUGGUGUGGUGUCACCCAACAAGGCACCAGCGACUGUCUCUCUUUCCCCUGCACGAGUCCCUGAAGUUGAUCCUAUUGAUGCAGCUGCUCACCUGCAGCUGCUCGGCGAGUCCCUGUCCUUGAUUGGCCAUCGUCUCCAGGAAACAGAGGGCAUGGUUGCGGUGUCUGGGAGUCUGUCUGUGCUUCUCGAUUCUAUCCUGUGUGCCCUCGGACCACUGGCCUGUCUAACUGCUCAAAUACCACAGUUAAAUGGAUGUCCCCGGAACGUGCUGUCAAAUACAUUGGACAACAUUGCCUACAUCAUGCCUGGUCUGUGA